CAUGUUCAUAAAGGAAAUUUGUUGUCCUAUUGGAACAGAAUGUAUAAAUUUAGCAAGAGGAAAAUUAUCAUUUCAAAGUUCUACUGUUAGCAGCGAAAAGCCUUCAGCACCUUUUUUUGCAAAUGAUGAUAAUAUUAAUAUUGAAUAUGGCGCAAAUGAAUACUGUUCGAGUACAGAAGCCGAUCCUCAGGAUGUGUCAUGGUGGUCUGUUGAUCUUCAAAGUAUUUAUUCUGUUACAAAAGUCUGUCUGUUAAAUACAAACAAUGCACUUUAUGAAAAUUUAAAGGAAUUCAACAUUUUUGUUGGUGAUUAUCCUAAUGAUAAUAAAACUCUUUGCAAAUAUGUCACUGGACCCGUAAAACAGCCAACUGCUACAGAUAUUGCGCAAUACGAUUGCUAUUUUUGCGAUUCAGAAUCCAUUGGUUCUUUUCUUACAAUUAAAUUAACAGCAAUCAAUAAAAAGUUGAUAUUGUGUGACGUAGAUGUUACAGGAUCUUUAAUUAAUAGUAAUAGAGGUGAAGGAUUUGAUAGUUUGAAUAUAGCGAGCUUGAAGACAAGAAAUGGAGGAAAUGGCCUUGGUUAUAAUAUAGAAAAUGGUUAUGAUAAUAAUUUCCUUACAUCAUUUCAUUCAAGACAUUUUGAGAUAGGUCCAUAUAAAAAACCAUAUAUGCUAAUUGAUGCUCUCCAAUCAAGAAUAUUUCAUAGAAUUAUCUUUGUCACUCAAAUCAGGGAUCAUGAAUUACAGAGAUUUGCGAAUAUUUAUGUUACAGCGAAUCACGUACCAGAUUCGGAUUUUCAUUCACAUCAUAAAUUUUGCAUUGACAAUUUGUCAGCAUUAUUUAGAGUUCCUUUUGAAAAUAUCAAUAUUGGAUGUAAUCCUCCUAUUGUUGGAAGAUAUUUACUUGUCAUUCGGUAUGACUCAACAAAUGAACUAAAAUAUUUGCAGUUUACAGAAAUAUAUCUAUAUGCUUCUGCAAUAGAUCAAUAUGAACCACAGAAAUAUGGUAAUAACUUGAACGAAUUUAUUACUUCCGGCAAAUUGGAGAAUGCAGAAAUGUCAACCAAUGAUUUCAACAUGAUCAAAGAUGGCGUGUACUAUCUUACAGAUAAUACUGGAAUUAUAAAUUUAGCAUUUAAUAAUGUUAUUGUGUUACAAACUGAACUCAUAUAUCUAAAUUAUGUUUGUUUGACAAUUUUUAAUGGCAAUUCAGCCAAGCAGAACAUGCAAGUAAAGGUUUUUGACUAUCUAAAAGGAUAUGAUAUCAUAAAAUAUGCAUAUGGUGACUUUUUACAAUCUCAUACAUUUUGUAUAAAGUUCAACUUUCAAUUCUCAAAUUCUAUUACACUGGUGUCGAAGGAUAGUAUAGGACUAAGUGAAAUAGAUCUUAUUGCAGUUUCAAGAACAACUCACAAAGUUAGACCGCGUUGUUUACAAGAAUUUGAAAAAUUAACUUAUCCACUCUUUGGUACAACUUAUAACUUGAAUUCAUUCUUAUAUGUUUUCAUUGAAGGUUUAGACAGUAAGGAACAAGUUGCAGUUUAUUCUUUGAAGAAUGGAGAAGAUUCUAAAAUAACUAUUUGUAAUAAACUGAUAAUUCAAGAUACUGAAUGGAAUUUGAAAAAUCAACUUGUUUAUCAAUGCAAGAAAUCAGAUUCUCAAAUUUCAGUAUAUCAUGAUAUAUCAGAAAAAAUGAUUGCAACUGUACAUAUAUUUUGA